AUGAAUCGCAAUGCCAUGCUACAGAAGAGGGACAGGCUGGCGGGUCAGGACCCGACCUUGACUGUGCGCAAGGCCAUUGGUCAGGAACGGGACGACCAAGAGGAUGGUGGAUGGACUAGGUCUCACCUUGAACAGGAGUACCGCUCCUCUGCGGCCCUGAGAUUUCAAUAUGAAACCGUCGACGAAGCUCCUCCCGUGUGCAGCGACCAAUAA